UUGAUUGAUUCAUUGUGUGUUUUACACGUGAUGGGACGCGCCUAUUCUGCUGAACGCAGCAAAGCAUUAUCCAUCAUGUCUUAGGAGCGGAGGAACAACCUGAAGAACCCACGGGAUUUAUCGCUAUUGGGUUCUCUCAUUCAAGCUUACAUCAAUAUGCGUUGUAAUAAAUCGGGCCAUUCGGAACUACAUCUAAACGAUAAAUUUUCAACUGAUAAAGAGCCUGAUCUUCUCUUUUCUGAUGAAAAUACAUCAGCAAUUCAACGUAAAUCCAAAUAUCCGAAAGGGGAAAUCUCUUCGAAAACCACACGGAAAGAUCUGUGCGAAGAUACCUGCCUUGAUACCAUUUUAUUCAAGGAACCCUCACUAGUUAAUUCCGGUGAUUGUGGAGCUUUAUGUCUUCAAUACAACCAUAUGUUUUGUUGGCUAGAUAAUCGGCUUUCUGGCUGGGCAGUCCACAAUCGAUUGUGCCAGUUGAACGAUGCAAUAGCCACUUAUCUGUCGACUCAGGGUGGCUACAGUCCAUUUCACCAGGGCGCCGAUGCUGCUGGACGGAAGGUAGCUCAUUUUGGUCAAAUAUUUCGCCUUUUACGUGAGACGCCAACUGAAUUAGAGGACAAAAUUGUUGGUAGGCGUUAUUCGCCCGCAACACGUGAGAUUCGAUCACUGCGUCCCCGUCAGAUCAACUGUCUGGCGCUUCAAGAGUGUUAUACAGGCGAAAAUAGGAGAACUGAUACCAUUGCUUUUGUGUCCUUGGUUGAAUAUCUGGUGAGGAACGCUCCACGUGUCACUCUCAUACCCGACUCCAUGCGCUGUCGAUUCCCAAGGGCUGUCCCAUCAUUAUGCGCGGUUAGUGUCAAACUAGGGGAACAAGGUGCUGACCUUAUGUUGCUUAAACCGACCUGUCGAGACAAGAUUUCGACUAUUAAAGUAAUCGCAUAUUCACUCAAGCACGCUUCAACCGCCGUGUUGUUUGCAGGUCAGGGCGCGUGCAUUCUUAUGGAAUGUGGCUCAUGGAUUGUGCAGACUUAUGGUUUUUAUCUCACAAAACUGUCGGAAUCGAUCUGUCUCAAGUCUAGUCGAGAGCACUUUCCUUCCACGCUGGUCCCUAACGCUUUGACCUGUCCGGACGCUUUUUCGAAUCAGAUUUGCCACCCGAUGACUAAUGUCGCCAUCCAACGGCUGAUGAAUGGUUGGAGAAUACAACCCUGUGAUGGGUAUCUAGAACAUAUGGACAAUUCCGAAACAGUGUGGUUAUUUGGAAAUGGGCGAAGUAGAUGGACCUACAGUGCUUAUGUAUCCUACUUCUCAAGGUGGAUAGAAUCAGAUAGUUUUGUGCCUAGUCAAAAUUGCUUUGGCUCUAUGGCCCUCCCAACUGCUGUUACGAGCCGAGUUCGUCAUCCAGUGAUUAAUAUCGCUCUUCAGUGGCAUACAUAUUGUUUGGGAGUGGCAUUCUGUAACUGUUACCUACAAACAAGCGACAAGUUUGAAGCAUACGUUUCGGAAAAUCCGAUUCUCGGAACGUCCGUGCCCUGCGUUAAUCGAGUACCAUUUUGUCUGACAGGCAUGGUGAAAACAGAUUUUAUGGAGUUGCAUCAGUUCACCCUGCUGCACAUCAUAGACCCGGUCGCUCAGUGGUUGAAAUACCUCACCACAGAAAUGCAGGCCGAUUACCGCAAUUUCCUCCAAGAAUCACCCCUCUAUCAGACUUACGUUCCUGAUAUCGUAAUUACUUCACCUAACUCAUGUUAUUUUUAUGGCAGCUGUAGUCCCUCAACAAUACUGAGUCUGGUAAUUUCAUUCGGGAUGCAGUUGACGUCACAAAUGUGCUGUGCGGCGCUUGUCGGGCAUAGUACAACACUCCAUCGAGCAAUUACCAGUUCGGCGAAAUUGACGCAUGUUUCAUCCAACUUUUGUCUAUGGUUGAGUGGAUUCGAUAGGCUAUCUGGGCAUAAAAUAUGGGUUAUACAGCUGCAGCUACUUGAUCAGAAACCGCUUGAUCUCGCUUACGCUUGUGCAGUGGGACAGCAGGGAACUCGCACUUGCGGUUUACGCUCCCCGUUCCUCCACUGGCCAUCUAGAACCUCUCUUCGCACCAUGGAAUCGAUAACGCUUCGCAGGCGUUUGUCAUCAUCAAGUGAGGACUUCGUUUGUACUUCACAAUCUCCGCUCCUUCAAACGGCUAGUUCCGCUUCGCAAGCUUCUUCGGCCAUUGCAAUAUCAAGAUCAUUUUGGACCGGUUGGUUUCAGACUUGUGCGUCCAGUACAUUGACCGGUGUGGCUUUGAGGCUCGGUUCAGUUGGUUACGACCCAGCGGAUAUUUUACCGCUUUCUGGUGUUGGCCUUGCUCUGGCUGUCUGUGCACUGAUUUGCCUUGCAAAAACUCGAUAACCAAAGCUCUGUUAGAAACCUUCAUGCAUGCACGCACUCACGAACGUGCGCUUUCAAUGCCACUUAUGGUUCAUUCUUAUUGGGUUCCUUUCAAUGGUCAUUUAUGGCGCUUUUUCUGCCAUUUCGUUGUUUUGAUGCAUUCAUUUGAAACCUCUACAUUUUCGUACCCUGUAUGUGCCUAUUAGGUCUUAUAGUGAAUCUAUCCAGAAGACUCGAUUUCCCAUUCCCG